GACGAUUAUACAGCACAAGCAAAGUAAGUGAUAUAUGUGCACAACAUAUAUACAUGUAUACUUAUUAUGUACUACUAUAAAUAUAGUAUGCAAGCUAUAAUGGAGAAACGACGUAGAAGAAGAGAAUCACACAAUGCAGUUGAAAGAAGAAGAAGAGAUAAUAUCAAUGAAAGAAUUCAAGAAUUAGGUACACUUUUACCUGAGAAUGUUGAUGAUGGUAUCAAUCGAAUGAACAAAGGAACUAUACUGCGUAAAAGCGUAGAACAGAUAAGGAAGUUACAAACUGAUAUAGUUCAAUAUCAAAAUAGAAUAAGAGAACUAGAAAUUGUUUUACAACAAAUUCGACAAAAUAAGCAAACAUUCCUUAGGAACUAAAGUAUUAUAUACAUGUAUAUGUAUGCUGUAUAUCCACUUAUUCAUCACUCUUUUAUCUGUAUAGUUCUUUCUUUCUUUCUUUCUUUCUUUCUUUCUUUCUUU